AUGAGCAUGAGCGUGCUAGGAAGAGCCUCCACAUCGUCUGUCCGACGAAGCCUCUCCAUCGAACGAAAAGACCCAUUUGCUCCAAUUGAGACAUACUACGAUGAGACCUUCCUACAAAAGAAGUUGUUAGGGGACAAGCAGCGGGCAAUAUCGUCGUACACCAAGCAAGCACCGACCACAUCCCUCGUUGCUGGCUCGAACUUCCUGCCUAGACGGCGAGAUCGGGAGGACAAAGACAGGAACUACCAGAUCACGAUUGAAGACAAUGGUCCUAAACAUAUUUCCGUUGGCACUCUUGGCUCUGCAGGAUACAGAUCGACUGACCUUCGAGGAAACUAUGUCAUUAGUAACCUGCUACAAGAGUUGACGUUGGCACAAGAUCUGGGCAAGAAAGUGGUCAAAAUACACAGAUCUAGACUCAACGAGAACCCAGUCACUCGUCUCGACAGACGUAUACGCGAUGAGUUCUGGAAGAACCUCGAACGCAGCCUAGAUGCCAAUACGAUCGAGAAAGCUGGCAAGGAUCCAAAAGACUGGACUGAUAAUCCCAGGCCACGUAUCUACGUGCCUCAUGGCUGUCCCGAACAGUAUGAAUAUUAUACACAGGUUGCCAAAGACAAGCCGGAGAUGAGACUCGAUGUUAGGUGGCUUCCAAAAGGUGGUGCCACUGCCGAGUUCGUGAAAGGUCUGAAUGAUGCUCCUGGCAUUCUGGCGCUGGCCAUGCGGAAAGAGAUCGUCAAUGGCAAAGAAACCUUGAAAGGAGAACCGUUCACUGUACCAGGAGGGCGUUUCAACGAGCUCUACGGCUGGGACAGUUACAUGGUUGCCAUCGGUCUGCUAGAACAUGGCAGAGUCGCUAUGGCCAAAAGCAUGGCCAUCAACUUCGCCUUCUGUAUUCAGCACUACGGCAAGAUACUCAACGCCAACAGAUCCUACUACCUCAGUCGAUCGCAGCCACCUUUCCUUACUGACUUUGCCUUGCAAAUCUACGAACAUAUCAGUCAUGAACCCGACGCUCUCGACUUCCUGAAAUUCAUCAUACAAGCAGCCAUCAAGGAGUACUACAACGUGUGGAUGUCCGCACCUCGCUAUGACCCUGUAUCCGGUCUCUCCAGAUACCGACCAGAUGGUCUGGGUGUACCUCCAGAGACGGAAGCCACUCACUUUGUGCACGUCAUUACACCUUACGCGGAAAAGCUGGGUAUCACUUUCGAAGAGUAUGUCAAAGGCUACAACAGCGGCGACAUCAAGGAGCCGGAGCUCGACGACUACUUUCUGCAUGAUCGUGCUGUUCGGGAGUCUGGUCAUGAUACCUCUUAUCGCCUCGAGGGUUGUGCUGCAAACCUGGCUACUGUCGACCUGAACUCGCUCCUGUACAAGUACGAAUGCGAUAUCGCUAAUUGCAUCCGUACUCACUUCCGCGACCAUUUGACCAUGCAUCCCGACUUCCAGACCGAAGCCAAUCGAAUCGAUGGAUACGAAUCCUCUGCUGUCUGGCAUCGUCGCGCCAGGAUGAGAAAGGCACGAAUGGACAAAUACAUGUGGAAUGCCAAAGCAGGCAUGUACUUUGACUACGAUACGGUCAACAAAAAGAUGACCGACUACGAAAGUGCUACUACCUUCUGGGCUAUGUGGGCUGGUCUUGCUAGUCCAAAACAAGCUGCUGCUCUGGUGCUUAAAGGUCUUCCCAAGUUCGAGGAGUUUGGAGGACUCGUAUCGGGAACCGAAAAGUCUCGAGGCGAAAUCCAUAUCGCUAGGCCCAAUCGACAAUGGGAUUAUCCUUUCGGCUGGGCACCUCAGCAAAUUCUUGCAUGGGGUGGCCUCCUGAAUUAUGGUUACACAGAGGAGGCUCACCGUUUGUGCUACAAAUGGUUGUAUAUGGUCAUCAAAGCUUUCGUCGAUUUCAACGGUGUUGUGGUCGAGAAGUACGAUGUGACCAGGCAGAAAGACCCUCACACUGUCGAGGCCGAAUAUGGCAACCAAGGUGCUGAUUUCAAAGGUGUUCCUCGAGAAGGAUUUGGCUGGGUCAAUGCAAGCUUUGUCUAUGGUCUGUCGUUUCUUCCGACGCACAUGAAGCGAGCGCUGGGUACGCUCACGCCAUGGACCUUAUUCGAGGAGAAGACAGCCAUUAAGCUGGAUCAACAUGACGAGUUGACGAUUCAUGAAGAAGACGAAGAGUUUAAGAAUUCUGAUGUCGUUGUUUGA